AUGUGGAAGCAACGCAGUUUCCUGACAAGCUCAGGAAAGAAAAUAAAACAUCACACACUGAUUAAUGACUUGCUUUCUGCUUUGUUGCUUCCCUCACAGAUUGCAGUAAUCAAAUGUGCAGCGCACACAUCAGCAGAUGAUCCUGUCAGCAGAGGAAAUGCUUUUGCAGACCACGUGGCAAAGCGCACAGCCCACAUGACCCCUGUCACCGCCGUACAACUCCCUACAACAGACCAAGAGGAACCAACCUUACAAGACAUCCAAUCCACAGCCACUGCAGUAGAAAAGGGGCAGUGGACUAAAUCAGGGUGUGGUAAACAAAACAAUGUGUGGGUGCACACUGCAACAAACAGACCAUGUCUCCCGAAAGCAUACAUGAAGGGGUUAAUUGCAAUUGCUCAUGGGAGGAGUCACAUGAGCAAAGGGGGGAUUUUAGAUGUAAUAGCAAAGUAUUGGUAUGCACCUGGACUCUCCACACUCACUCAAAAUUUUUGCUCUGCCUGCCUUACAUGUGCACAGAACACACACAGACACAAACAACCUCUGUUGCAACAGCCUGUAGGUCAUCCCCCAGCAACAGAGCCAUUUCAACAUUGGCAGGUGGACUUUGUGGAACUCACACCAGCAGAAGGGAAAAGGUUUCUCCUGGUCUGUGUAUGCAUGUUCAGUAAAUGGGUCGAAGCUUUCCCCACAGGUACCCAAGAUGGAGAAGCAGUAGCAAAAGCAUUUCUCAGGGAAAUAAUUUCAAGGUGGGGCCUGCCGAAACGCGUCUCGAGUGACAAUGGCGCUCCCUUUGUACACACAGGGUUGAACAAUUUGACCAAGUACUUGGGAAUAGACAUGAGAAAGCACUGCAGCUACCACCCAGCUAGUGCUGGGGCAGUAGAAAGGGUCAAUGGGACCAUUAAGAAUGGCCUAGCAAAAAUGACACAACAAACAGGCCUUAAUUGA